AAUUCUUCUGAGAGCCACAAUUGUGCCAAAAGCAUCUUAACCUCAGACAGGCUGCAGACAGUUGUGACCCUUUCGGCGUUCUUUAACGAAACCUGGGAGGCAGCCAACUGUGCAAAUUGUUUAAAGAACAACAGUGAGGGAUUAUCAAAUUCUACUGUAGAAUUCCUGGAUUUAUUCAAUAAGUCUCUGACAUGUUUUGAACAUAACCUUCAGGGACAAACCAUCUAUCUGUCACCAAAUAACUACACCGAAGUAUGUAAAAACUGCAAUGAAACCUACAAAAUGUUGAAUGAUCUGUAUAACAGCUUGCAAAGGAUGAACAGGCAAGGUGGUGAGUCUGGGCACUCUGCACACUUGUGUAUCGACGUGGAAGAUGCAAUGAACAUCACUCGGAAGCUUUGGAGCAGGACUUUCAACUGUUCAGUUCCCUGCAGUGAUACAGUCCCAGUGAUUGCAGUUUCAUCCUUUAUUCUCUUCCUACCUAUUGUUUUUUAUCUUAGUAGCUUCCUUCACUCGAAGCAGAAGAAACGGAUACUCAUUUUGCCCAAGCGCAUCCAGUCAAAUGCCAGUCUUGUGAAUAUCCAAGAAAAAUACAGCUGAGCUGCAAAACAAAACCUGAGAACUGCUGCUGGUAUACAGUGGGUACAAUUGUGUUGGAAUGAGGCCGGCACAAAAGAGGAGUUAAUUAUGGUUUAGUGUAAUGAUACAGAGCAACACAAGUUAAACAAAAUGCUGUCUGACUUCUAAGCGAGGAUAUUAACAAACAUGACAAGGCAGGGCUGUGUGACACUGUAUGGACUCUGGUUUUGAAAAAUCUGUGGUUUUUUCAGUCUUGGGCUGAAGCUGGUGUUUUUCUGUUUCUAAGAUUUUGUAUUUCUUAUCCAUAGAACAGUUACACUUUCCUUGCAUGUUUUUUUUUUCUUUAAUUUAUUGUAUUUGUUUCACAGAAACCUGAGAUUCUGAAUCUUUUUGAGGCAAUUUUCAGAGACAGACAAAACUUGAAAUAAUAUUUGAUGUUCCUGCUUGAAACAUUAUGUUUAAUUCCACAUAACAUUCAGUUUUGGCAGAGUUGGGAUGGACAGGAGACCUUUAAAAAAGAAAAGUUCCCAUCCUUCUGUUACCUCUCUCUAAAGUCAUGCUGCUG